AUGAACAACAAUAAAGUAGAGAGUUUUGAAGAACUCAUAGUUAUUAAUAAAAAUGUUGAAGAGAUUAAUGUAAAUAUGAAAAAUAAAUAGCUUAGAUUAAAAGAGAUCGGAGAGAUAUUUAUGUACUUGAAUAGGAUGAUCAAAUUGGUAGAGCUAAGAUUAGAUUUAAGCUGCAAUGGAGUUAACUAGGAAACAAUUUAGUGCAUCAACGAUUCUUUCACGAAAAUGCUAAAUCUUUAAAAACUUUCAUUAGAAUUAAGUUAAAAUUAAUUAAGUGAUGAGGGAAUUUCUGAUCUAUCUACAGGUUUAAUGUAUUUAAAAAAUUUGACACACGUCAAUAUUGGAUUGAGGAUGAACCAAAUCACUCCUGUGGGAGCUGAAAAAUUUUUGCUGAAUUUAAAAGAAAAUAGUAACUUACAGCAUUUAGCUUUAUCCUUUAGGAAUAAUUACGUUGGCAACAAAGGAACAAAAUAAAUUGGAGAGCUAUUGAAAUCCAAUAAGAGUUUAAAACACUUUAAUUUGAAUAUAGGAAGAAACUUUAUUGGCUCUUAAGGACUAUCUGAAAUAUCUAAUGGCAUAAAAGAUUCUUCCAUGCUAGAAGUAGUCAGCUUAGAUUUAGGAGAAAAUAAUAUUGAAGAUGCAGGAAUUGAAGAAUUUGCAAAAUGUGUAAAAUAUUGCAGGAAUUUAAAAAGUCUUUCUCUAGAUCUAUGGAAUAAUUAAAUAGGAAACCAAGGAAUUUACUAAUUGUACAUAAAUCUAAAGCAUUGCAUCUAACUCAAAUAUCUAGCUCUCUUUUAUGAAAUUAAUAAGGUAGAGUCUCCAGACAUUUAAAAGUUUUUAAAACUAAGAAAACUAUCUCAAUUUAAGCACACUUUAAAUUGA